UUGAGAUUAUCGAACUUAGAGAGAAGUAUGCUAAGGUUGAGGCUGAAAAGACUGAACUUAAGGUUAAGAAUACUGAGCUUUUAAAACAGAUUAUGAAAAAAAACAGCAAACGUAAAGCUGAUCAUACAAAACUUAAAGAAGAUAUUACUAACCUCAAGACCAAAAACACUGAGCUUGAAGCUGAA